AUGUUCCGCUUAUCUGGAAUGGAUCUGAGAUUACUUCUCGCGCUUUUGUGGCUCAAGGCAUCUGCUAUCGACGUCACGAAAGAUCCGGAAGCUGUCGCCAAAUUGACGAUGGCCGCUACCCAGCUGGACCGUCUUGCCCUGCUGCCCAGCAGCGCGGACUGGACGUUCGACUUUACAGCGCAGCAGUUCUUCUACAACUGGUCGCCAGGAGGGGUCACCAACAUGAAUGCGGCUACAUUUCCAGCGACCAGGGGCAAUGGCUUGACGUUGGCGAUGGUCAACCUGGGACCCUGCGCGAUGUUGCCACCGCAUUUCCACCCACGCGCGGCAAACUGGGUCGUCGCAGUCAAAGGCAAUACAACGACAUGGAUGCAGGAAGAGAAUGGUGCACAUACCAUUGUGACAUGUCUCACCCCUGGGAAGGCAACGAUCUUUCCCGCCGGCAGCAUGCACAUGAUGGCAAACAACGAGUGCGAGCCUGCACAACUCGUCUCAGCGCUCAACGAUGAAGAUGCAGGAACUAUGAAUAUCGGCCAAAUUUUCACAAACGGUUUCGCGCCCGAAUGGGUCAACGCAGCAUUUGGUGGUAAUUUUGUCAACGACAAUACAGCAGAAAAGAUGCCGCCAGUCGGUACUGGCGCGAACUGGGGCUCAGCAGAGUGCAUGUCGCGUUGCAAAAUCAUGCCUCGGGACGCAACAGGUAGGCCAAAGGAGCAUGGGAAAUGA